UUACGUCUCCGCCAUUUGCACACAUUUUGCAUCGAAAGGAAGACCUUCAAGUAUAUUUUUGAUUGCAGAACAAAAACUGUAGUCAGCUGUAGAGCUGUAGCCACUGCUUAAUGGCAGUUAAGAAGGAAUCUGUACAAACUUGGAUGGAGAAAUCAUUUGAAUAUGCAGAAGACGCAUUAAAAAAUGGAGAAGUUCCUGUUGGCUGUAUUAUAGUGUAUGAAGAAACUGUUCUUGCCAGUGGGAGAAAUGAAGUCAAUGAGACCAAAAACGCAACUAGACAUGCAGAAAUUGUAGCAAUUGAUAGAGUACUAGAAUGGUGUUCAGACAAUGGUAAAGACUGGAGGGAGGUGUUUCACAACUCUACGCUAUAUGUGACUGUUGAACCAUGUAUCAUGUGUACAGGAGCUCUACGUAACAUUGGUUUAGGGAAAGUGGUGUAUGGAUGUAGGAAUGAAAGAUUUGGAGGGUGUGGCUCGGUGAUUCCUGUGCACACUGACAGCCUGCCACAGCUUGGACCUAAGUUUGAAUGUGUGGAAGGGGUAAUGGCAGAAAGGGCUGUGGAUUUGCUGAAAGAUUUUUAUAAGGGAGAAAACACAAAUGCACCAGAAUCUAAAAGAAAGAUAAAAGAUAAAUGAACAUUAUUUUAAAGAGAUUUUUCAUAUGCACCACAAGAGCUCCAGGGACCAGAGUUUUGCCUAAUUGGGACUACCAGUAUCAAUGCCAUACAAGUAUACUCAGACUGAUAAUAGACUUUUAGAUAACUCUUUUCUUUUGGCUUUUUAAUGGCAGAUUAUGAUUCCAAAUGAGAAUAAAAUGAAGAAAAAAUAUACAAAUAUUUAUUGUGCUUUAAAAAAGUUAUAAAUAUGACAAAAUAGCAAUUCCUUGAUAAAGGUUGACAGUUAUUGAUAAAAUAGCAUUAAUAUUGCUUCUGUAUUUUCAGACAAUACCACAGUCGAUCUUUAUGCAAUAUAUUAAGAUAUUACAUUUGGAGGUUGUGGAUAAUGCAACUUGAAUUAAAGAUUGCUACAUGUUAGUGUUUUAAAGGUCAGGAACUAG